AUGACGACAACCUUUGCGCCGUCCUUUUCCCGCACCACCACCACCACCACCAUCUCCUCCUCCACCGCCUCGCCCUCGCCGCUCACCAUCCUCGUCCACUCGGGCUUCGACGGCACCUCCGACUUCUUCCCCUUUCACGACCUCGCCAAGGUCGGCGGCUACACCAAGGACGACUUCACCUUCAAGGACCUCAUCCAGGACGGCAUCGACGGCGGGCCGCAGGUCGACCUCUUCCUCUCCGGCUGCCGCGUCGACGGCGCCGACGCGCCCGACUGCCCGGCGGCGUGCAACGACACGAGCCUCUACUUUGGCUCGCUCGAGACGUUUUACAACUGCGCGACCCUGGCGUCCGUCGCGCACUGGACCCGCGGCCGCGGCGCGUACCGCGUCGGCGAGGAGGCGGAGCGCAACGCCAGCGUGCUCAUGGGCGGGCGCUCGCUCGCCGAGUUUGACGGGCGGCCCGUGGUCGAGAACUUCGCCGCGUGCGCCCUCGAGUCGUGCGCCAAGGACCAGCUCUCGGUGCCGUGCGACGCCUCCGUCACCGCCCUGUCGCGGAGCUCGUCCACCGAGGCCAUCUUUGCCGCCAUGGACAACUUCUGCCCCGAGCUGCGCGCCGAAAUCAACCCCGACAUUUUCGGCCCUGGUGUGCUCAUCUCCUACGUCUUGCAAGUCGUCUUCUCCGCCUCCCUCUACCUCUUUCUCAAAAUUUUCACCUUUUGGGUCAGCUACUCCCAAAAGCCCACCAAGCGGCCGACGUCCGAACGCCUCGUCCGGCGCCUCACGCGCAUCGAGUCGAUGCUCUGGAAGGACUCGUCCGCCCUCUCCCGCACCAGCAUCGCCAUUGCCACCACGCUCGUCGAGUUCCAGGAGGCCCAGUGCUGGUUCAUAUUCGCCGUGCAAAUCGCCUCCAUCCUCGCCAUCGUCGUAAACUCCCAGGAAGGCACGUUCUGGGGCGAAAUCGUCGUCAACGGCGCCGUCGCCUUUCACAUUUCCCAAAACGGCAUCCUGCCCAUGUUUCUCGUGCAGGUGUGCCUGCACAACGAGGGCAUCCGCAACUGGCACACCUUCCUCGGCUUCUGCACCGAGUACUUGCUGGCCGUCGUCGCCACCACCCAGCGCAUCUCGUUCCGCGGCAGCUUCGACCUCUUCCGCGGACAGCACGAGAUGGCCGCGUGCGGCGGCAACCCCAGCCCGCGGACGUACUGCGCGUCGAGCGCCGGCGUCGACGGCCUGACGCUGACCUUUUUCCCGCACCCGCUCAUGUACAAGCUCGUCUUCCUGGUGCUCGACACCGUCGCCAUCGUCGCGCUCAGCGUCGACCAGUUCGCGUGGACGCUGCGCACGCACCACCGCACGCGCCACUGGGCCAUUGGCGCCCACGGGCUCGGCCGCUGGCCCGACGGGCCGCUCAAGCGCCACUGGGCGCGCUGGUCGCGCUGGUUCUGGCACGGCCUCGAGUUUGCGUACCUGGUCGUCAACGUCCUCUACCUCGUCUCCCUCAGCAAGGUCAUCAGCGGCGACAGCUUCCAGGCGAACCGCUGGUCGUACGGCCAGAUCAUUGCCAUGACGGUCUGGGGACCCGUCAUUGUCAAGUUGUUUUCCCUGAUUUUGUCCGGCCCGCCUAAAAACGGUCAAGGCCUCAACUCGGGCCCGCCGCGUCUACGCAUCGACAAUGUCCUCAACCGUCGACAGGCCAACAGCACCGACGACGGCAUGAGCACGUCCUCGUCGGCAAGGUGGAUUCCACCGCUGCCGCAGCAGCGGAAGCUGGCUAUGCCACGCAGUCCAGAUACAGACGGCGGCAUGAAUGAGGAAGUAGACGUGGAGACAGCGCCGCCGCCUAGAAAACAAACGAUACGCCAUGAAUGA